GCCGGUGUGACGUCACGCUCCGGUUUCUGGUGCUCGGGCCGCAGCUCGGUGGGUCAGGACACAUUUCACCAACUGGUCUGAGACUUUUCCCAGCAGAUCAGCAGCACCCAAGGACGAAAAAAGACGAAAAUGGGAAACUGUCAACCAACAAUCUUUCCCUAUGAGGAGUUUGAUGUGGUAGCAGACAUUAAGGCCAUCCGUAAAGCCUGCAAAGGCCUCGGCACUGAUGAGCAGGCCAUCAUUGACAUCCUGGCAAAUCGCAGCGCAAGUCAACGUCAGCAAAUCAAACAGGCUUAUUUUGACAAGUAUGACGAUGAGUUGGUGGAUGUGCUGAAAAGUGAGCUGUCGGGGAACUUUGAGAGGGCCAUCCUGGCCAUGCUGGACCCCCCCGUCGUCUACCUGGUGAAGGAGCUGAGGAAGGCCAUGAAGGGACCAGGCACCGAUGAAGACGUCCUGGUGGAGAUCCUCUGCACUUCUACCAACGCUGACAUUGCCAUGUUCAAGGAAUGUUACUUUCAGGUGCAUGAACGUGACCUUGAAGCAGACAUAGAGGGAGAUACGAGCGGCGACGUUAGAAACCUGCUCACAGCUCUGUUGCAGGGUAACAGAGAUGAGAGUUAUGAGGUGGAUGAAGAUCUGGCAGAACAGGAUGCUACCGCCCUGUUUGAGGCUGGCGAGGGCUGUUUUGGGACAGACGAGUCCACCUUCAGCUACAUCCUGGCCAGCAGGAAUUACCUCCAGCUCCAGGCUACUUUCAAGAUAUAUGAGCAGCUCUCUGGAACUGAAAUCCUGGAUGCCAUUGAGAACGAGACUUCAGGGACACUGAAAAAAUGCUAUGUUGCACUCGUGAGGUUUGCAAAGAACCCCCAGUUGUACUUCGCCAGACGUCUGAAUAAGGCGAUGAAAGGAGCAGGCACUGAUGAGGACACACUUGUUCGCAUCAUUGUGUGUCGCUCUGAGAUUGAUUUGGAGACCAUCAAAGACAUGUACCUGGAGAAGUACGACGUGUCACUUAAGGAUGCCAUAAAAUCAGAUUGCAGCGGUGACUUUAAACGUCUCCUUGUGGCGAUCUGCCACUGAAAUAAGGACGGACACAAAAACAGAAAGACAGAAGAGUGUGUAGGACGGAGCGCUGGCACUGCUGUGUGUCGUCUAACAAACUAACAUGUGACAGUAUGUAGAGAGCAGGAGGUAGAGAUGAUCAAAUAGUUAACCUGUUAUAUGUCUUGCUCUCCUUUUUUUUUUUUUUUUUUAAUUAACUUUUUGUUUUACAGACAAAAGUUACAGAAUCCACUGGAUUACCUGACCUAGUCAUGAACUGCCUUUUUCUUAGUCAGUUUUUAACUGUGAUUUGUAACAUCCUUGCCAGCAUUUAUGCAGUCUUGAGUCAUUUUUUAUUGAACGUAAACAAGCACUAAGAUUUGUACCUUUCCAACAGUACAGUUACUGUAGUCACACUGGUGUAAUUACAUGAUGUGAUGUGAUCAGGUGGUUUAACUUAGGUAAUCACAUUGGAAACAGCAUGUUUUUGCAUUCUGCGAAAAUCAGCUAUGGCUCUAACUUGUCCUUAUAACUGCUGUGCACACUCAAAAUAGUAUUACAUUAGUGUAUUACACCACUACUGCAUUUAGUAUUAUACUGUGUACAAGACAAUGAACUUUUCAUUAUCUUUCACCCUCCGUGCCCUUAACUCAGCGACUGUUCUAUUUUACUGCUGUACAAAUAAUGCAAUCACAUCAUGUGGCUUGAAAUUUAUGCUUCUAAUUGAAGAAAUGUGAAAUUUUGUAAUGAAGGAACAUUCAGAGGUAUGAUGAAGGAAAGUUAUGGGAUGUUAUGCAAAUGGUUUUUGAAUUUUCCUCAUACUGAUCCACAAAGGAGAUGAUAUAUUUUGUUUGCUACUUAUGUUUUUAAAGAAACUAUAUAUUGAUUUACAAUAUGUUGCAUUAUUAUUACCCGUUACAACUAGAGAUAAUCCAAAUAUACCUCACCUUGUCAUAUAAUUUUUGUAUUUUAUGACUAACACAGUAGAGUGUUAAAUAUAUAAUGUAAUAUAGUAUUUUAGGCCAGAGGGCAUAUGAGAGCAAACCUUUAUGAUGUGUAGAAGAUGUGGCGUUUAACAUCAAGACAGUCUCACUUCUGUAUUUGUGUGUGUCUCUAUCCGGCAGCUGGGAUUUACUGAAAUUACCACUAUUGCAAAUAUUGUGGAAAACACUCAAAGAUACUCAAGUAAACUGUAGUAGAAUGACAAAGUUGUGUCAUUGAGCUUGGCCGUUGAGCUAAUGUUUGCUUCUCUGUAGCCAAAGAAUUUAGCCUAACUGCAAAUAAAGUACCUUUUAACAUCA